GUGACGUAGCCGACGACGAUCUUGACAAGUUUGUAGCCGAUCUCAUCCUGAAAGAAGCGGCGGAAAAAAAGAAGAAAUACAACGACAUUGGUGUACGCGCUUACUCUCCUAAUCCGUCCAUGUAUGUAUUUAAUAUGGAUCGAUGGGUCUACCGUGUCGCCGUGUCACUGACGCCUUGAUUGUAAUUUACACUUGUAGACGACCCAGCGAUAUGCCAAAACCAAACAAGCGUUUUUUGUUAAAUAUGGUCAAAGCAACCGACAGUCAUAAUCAAGCUGUCAUUAGAGCCGCCGAAAGAAAUGCUUCUAGAGCACAUCAACGACUACACCACCGCGACACAAGCUCAAGUCGACACCGACGACGAUCCCGAUCACGCUCAUCGUCGUCAUCACCGUCCCGCAAGCGAACGCGAACUAGCACUCGAUCCCGCUCCCCUUCCGAUUCCCGUUCCCGAUCAAGGUGUGAUGAUGGUGGGAGCCGAACCGAUAGCGAUGAGGAAGACAGUAUGGAUGAACGGCGAGAAUACGAUCGAUACAGAGAAAAUCGAUCGUCGCAAAAGCGGCCACAUAGUCGAUCGCCCGAUAGACGACCAAAACGAUCCUUAUCCGUGUCUCCAGCUCGCAAACUAGGUGGAAAAGUCAAUCCGUCAUCCAAGCCAGUGCAGAUCCGUGGUCGCGGCAAGAUCAGCAUGAACCGCUCUGCCAUGGACAAAUAUUUCCAGGACGAGUAUGAUCCAAGCAAAGAUAUCCCAUCGGAUGAAGACCAAUACGUAUUUGCAAAAGAGACAGACACAAUCAAGGCCAAAAAGGACAAGAAAAAAAAGAAGAAGAAAUCGAAAAAGAGCAAAAAGAGCAAAAAGCAUAAGCACGACAAGAGAUCUAGUGAUGACUCACUCUCUGCCAGCGACUUCGAUGCACCCACUGUCGUCAUGCCUAAACCAUCAAUACGCGCUUGGGAUAUCGGAAAAACUUCAUUCGACCAUUAGCGUCCACUAUCAUAGAACCAUCUUGCAUCUAUUCAGCAUCCAAUUUCGAAAAAAAAAAUUGCCCUUUCAAAUACACUAUUUAUGAACCCCUUUAACUUGAUCGACAUAAAUAUGCUUGGAUAUUGGUG